AUGGACACAAGUUUAUUCUUAUACAACAAAGAAGGCAAGGUGAUUUAUGUGUUAGUAUAUGUUGAUGAUAUACUACUAACUGGAAAUGAUAGUGAUUUGGUAAAGUGUUUAGUUCAACACUUAAAUGAAAAGUUUGCUCUCAAAGUAUUGGGUUCAUUGCAUUAUUUUUUGGGAUUUGAAGUUAUAAGGUCUGUCACUGGUCUGCAUUUAAAUCAGACCAAAUAUGCUCAAGAUCUAUUGACAAGAGCCAAAAUGGUUGAUGCUAAACCUUGUACAACCUCAUUUGCAACUAGUUCUAGACUGACUUUAGAUGACAGCCCUGCCUUUGAUGAUCCCUCUUUAUAUAGAAGUAUAGUAGGUGCCCUGCAGUAUCUGACUUUGUCUAGACCUGACAUUGCUUUUUCAGUUAACAAACUUAGUCAGUUCUUGCAAAAACCCACACUUACUCACUGGCAAGCCUGCAAGAGUGUACUUAAGUACAUAAAAGGGACCAUGAGUUUUGGUUUGCAAUUCAUUUCAAGAAGCAUGCUACAGUUGAAUUGUUUUUCUGAUGCUGACUGGGCAAGCAGUCUCCAUGAUAGGAGAUCAACCACUGGAUAUUGUCUCUUCCUUGGUCCAAAUCUUAUUCAAUGGAGUUCUAAAAAGCAAAAUGUCGUGGCACUAUCCUCCACUGAGGCUUAG